AUUGUUCGUAAACAUCCGUUUACUUCCGUUUGUAUUUGAACGGUAUUUGAAAGCGGAAAGAAGUGUGUUUGAGUGAAAGUUGUAUGUUGUUAUUGUGGGUAUUAAUUCGAUUAUGUUUAAGUGGGAUAAUACGCUAGCAGCAUUAGAAGAUUUUCAAGCCGUUUUGAUAUGUAAUGUAUGCAAGAAGAUACCUAAUGACCCAAUGAAUCACAACAUAUGUGGUCACUUUUUCUGCAAAGCUUGUGUAGGAAGUGAUAAAAGUGAUUGCCCUGUGUGUGGAGUUCCUUCUCUUUCUUUGAAGAUCACAUCUGAUCAACUCAUUGCAAGUCUGAUUAUGGGCUGGAGGAAAAUAUGCAAUAUUGUAGGAUUCAAGAGCAAUAUCGAUUGUUAGGAUAAUGAAAUGGAUCUGUGUGAUACCAAAUUACGUACCGGUGUAUCAGAUAUUAAGAACAACUCUGGAAACAAUUGCAGUGAUACACAGAAUAAUGUGACUUCCAAGAGAAUUUCUGAUUCAGAUCCUGAGAGAAGCAAUUUAGCAGGAGAAGAACCAAUUAAGAAAAAAAGAAAGAGCAGUAAUAUUAUAGAUCCUUGCAUAUCUGAUACUCAGAAAUCUUCAACUAUUACGAUUGUGAGAAAAUCUCGGCCAUUUCGAAACUCUGCAGCCAAAGACAUAAAUAAACGUAAUGCAAAAGGAGAAACACGUCUACACGUUGCGUGCAUAAAGGGAAAACUUGAAGAUGUGAAGGCUCUCCUUGUAGAUGGAACAAAUCCUAACACUAAGGACUAUGCAGGUUGGACACCUCUGCAUGAAGCUGUGCAUCAUGGUUUUGUUGAAAUAGCAGAACUUCUGCUGAAAUAUGGUGCAAUGGUGAAUGUGCCUGGUUAUAAUAAUAUCACACCUCUUCAUGAAGCAGUGCUGAACAACAAAUUGGGAGCAGUAAAAUUGUUAUUAAUGUAUGGUGCUGAUGUUGAAGCCCGUGAUGUUAAUGGAAUGACACCCAGGAAUAAUUGCAAGACAGAGGAGAUGGAGACAGUUUUGAAUUCAGGAGUGAGUGUUUCAGUUAUAAAACCACUGACUGAGACAAAAGCGCAAAAUCUGGAUCUUGGUCAGAUAAUUCUUUUUGGAUGUAGGCUUAAUAAGGAGCAGCAUAAACAGCUCAUGACUCUGACACAACAAUUGAAAAUCAAGAUGAAGCAGUCUUAUUCAUCUGUGGUAACUCACAUUUUAGUGCCAACAGAUGCAAACAAUGCAUGCUCCAUAGACACUGAUGUUAUGCAAGGAAUUCUCCAGGGCAAAUGGAUUGUUAGCUGCAAUUGGCUGAGUUCAUGUUUGGAAAUGGGCAAGGUGAUACAUCCUGAAGAGUUUGAAGUAAGAGGAACGAGUCAUUUUCCUAACAGUGAUGCCCCGAAAAGAGGAAGGAUGAAUGCAGAAAAGCAGCUUCCAGGUCUCUUCAAUGGGUGCCACAUCUAUUUGGCUGGUGUUGGAGCUACGUAUACAUUUGACAAUAGCAGGCUAACCAAAACAGAUGUAGUGACAUUAAUCCGAAGUGGGAAUGGAUUGGUGUUGUCAAGGGAACCUGACCCAGAAAGCAUUCCAUCAGGGGAACGCACUGUUCCUUACCAUGCAGCACACAAUGGUUCAUUAGCAAAAUGUUCACAUUAUGUCAUAUACAGGUCAGGUAGAAAUGAACCCAAACUAAAGUACAAUAUGGCCCAUAUAAAAUCUUUGUCAGUCCAGUGGUUAUUUGAUUGUAUGGAAAGUUUCAGUUUAAGGGAACCAGUGUAGUGUAUAUAAAUUACAUUUCAAAUUGAAAAUGAACAAUAAUAAAACUGAUUGUUUGUU